GGGAGCGGUUCUCGGCAGGGCCGCGGCCGGGGCCGGGGUUGGACUCGGGUGUAACACAGUGGUCCGACCGCGGCCUGGCCGAGGUGGGGCGGGAGAGGCUCCGCACAGCUUCGGCGGCCGCGGAGAGAGCCCCAAGCAGGGAGGAGCCGGCCAGCAGCUCCGCGGGGCCGCCGGCGGCUGGAGCCUGUCCCGGUGCCGCGCCGGCCUCGGCCCGCCCUGAGGGGAGCGCGGCGCCCGAGCCUGCCCGGGGCGUUCUUCCUGGGAGCUUUGCUGUCCUUGGGAAUGCCCGCUGGCAGGCAGGGCUGAGACAGGUGUCUGGGAAAUUGGUUCCAAAACAGGUGAAAAGCCCCAAAACUCAAACUCCACCACCGCAGUUCAGAACUGUGCAGUAAAAAUAUAUUUAUAUAUACGAGUGUGAAUAUAUAUAAUUUUUUCAUAUAUACGAGUAUCUAUCUAUCUAUACAGAGUAUCUGUGUAUAAACAACAAAAUUAAACAACAAGAACUAAAAGAAACUCAACAAAACACAAUGCCACCUGUCCUAGUCUUUUAUUUGCUGGUAAAAAUUUACAUGGAAAAUGCAACCCUGUGACCUCAAGGCAAGUGCUGAAAAAGCAGAAGCUAAUUUCCUGACAUUGAAAGGUCACUACAUUGAAAGCUGGCUUCUCUGAUCUCACAGUAUUUUAUAAAUGUGUUUCAGUUUCUUUCUGUUGCACCUUUUUUUUUUUUUUUUUCUCCACAGAGACAAUAUAAUUUGGCCUUUAGUUUUAAUAGUUUUAAAAACUCUUAAUAGUUUUUAAAAGCAGCAAAAAUGCCAGUGGAAAUUAACAUUUAUCGGUCUCACCCACCCCCUCAAUCUUCUAAGGUAGUUUCAGGUUGUUACAACGUAAGUGUUACAUUCAGCUAUUCUAUGGUUUCCACAUUCAUCUCACACAUCAAGUAAAAACAUUAACCUUUAUCAGUCAGACAAAUGAUUCCACAUUACGUGGUUUUUCUUCUAUGACAGAUACUGUGAGGAGGCUGUCAAGUGGAAAGAAGAAAACAGUGAAAAUAUUUUAGAGUGCUCAUUUCACAGUAUUUUAACUCCUCUGAGAAUUUCAGCCCUUUUCUGAUGUAUGUGAAGACAACUUAAGAGAAUGAGUUUACACUGAAACAUAUGUUUACAGUUGUAUUUUGUGCUGUUGACCUGGUUCUUCUACUACAGUCUACAAGUUAAUCAAGGCAAGGCCCUUCAUUGUGUCCAGACCUUGGGAGAAUACCUGUUUUUACAAGACGAGGAAACGUGCAGCAGCAGAACUGAGGAGCAAUUUGCACAGUGAAUAUACUUCGGUUUUAAAAAACUGUCACAGAUGUUGGAAGCUGGCAGGAGGACAGAAGGGGAAUUGUGUGGAAAAUUGAAUACAGCAGCAAACUUUCUGAGUCUUGAGGAAAUUUGUUCCAUUUACAUCAUGGGAAGGCCUUUGUUUCUGUAUGUAUUUUUAUUCUACUGGCAUUUCCUAAAUGCUUUAUUCACUGUUGAAGCUCCUCAGUCACUCUGCAUUGUGGAACAUGGGAACAAUGUAACCAUGGAAUGCACAUUUCCAGUGAAUGGGAAAUUAGAGUUUAGAGAUUUAAGUGUCAGCUGGGAAAAGAAAGAUGAGUUGAAGCAGGUUUAUGUACUUCACAAAGGAGAGGAAGACUUCAAAAGUCAGCAUAUUGACUUCAGGGGAAGAAUAAAAUUGUUGAAAGAAAAUCUGAACUUGGGACAGUCUCUCCUUCAGAUCACUGAUGUGAAGCUCAGAGAUGCAGGGGUUUACCGCUGUGUUAUUGCCUAUGGGGGAGCUGACUACAAGACAAUCCAUCUGAAAGUCAAAGCUCCUUACAGAAUUAUAAACCAAGGAGUGGUGAGCACAGGACGCAACGAAUGGAAGUUGACAUGUCAGUCAGAAGGAUAUCCAAAAGCUGAAGUGAUAUGGCAGAAUAGAAACUACGAAGAUUUGACUGAUAAGGCAAACACAAGGUUUGAAACUGCAAGUGACCAGUUGUACCAUGUGACAAGUACCCUUACAAUCAAAAGUGGAAUUGAUGAGAUUUUUUACUGUAUAUUCUGGAAUAAAGAGCUGCAAGAAAAUACAACUGCCAUUCUACACACAGCAGAUUCGACUGAUGGCAUUCUUCAGACUGAGAGCAGACGCUUUGUUGGAGCAACUCUCAUUGCUACUGCUUUUGUUGGAUCAGUGCUUCUAUUUCUGCUCUGCAUAAGAAAAGCUAAAGCAAAUAAGGGCAACAGAACACCUGUGGCAAGUCCAUCAACAGCAAAGCUGUCAAAAGAUAAGGAUACGCAUGACUACAGAGAUGCUUCUUUUGAAGAUAGAGAGCUGAAAUAUAUGCAAGUUGAGAAGACCUAGAGAGACCAGGGAAGACUUUUUCCCUCUAUUGUGAAGAUUUGACAGCUCAGAUGUUCUGUGUUCAAUCUAUUGAAGGGGAUAUUAAUUUUUUGUAUUUAUUGUGUGAUGGCAAUUUUCUAUAUUGCUGUAAUAUAGAAAAAAUGUAAUGAAGUUAAAAUAAUUAUUAUAGAAUAAAAUAUUAUUGAAUGCAAGCUUCCAUAUAUGUGACUAGAUAUUGAGGUAUUUAUUUAAAUAUCAAACUUUCUAUCUUCUCAGGUUUAGGCAAAUGUGUCUUUCAAAGAUUUCGUUUAACUGAAUGUACCUUUCAGGUAAAGCACUUUAGUUCUAUGACCACUGUGAAUUUCAUAGCUAGCUCUUGAUAGGUCACCUUCUGAAACUUCUUUUCUUCCUUCUUCACCUGAACUCUCAAUUUCCUGCACAUAAAUGGUUUUCCAUAGUUCCAUAGUUUAAGGAAUAUUUUAAAUAGGUGAUCCUUAUAAAAGGUGCAACAAGACAAGUGUGCCAUACAUGCAGGAAAUUUUCCAUCCUUAAAAUACUAGAUACUCACAGCUAAGCCUGAAAAAGAUGAUUUAAAACUCUUGGCAACUAUGGUUUGGAAAUUAAAUAAUACUAAGCUUUUUGAUAUCUUUCUUUAUAAAGCAUUUUGGGCAUUUAAUUUCCUCAUUAUAUUGCUGGCACUACUGGGUUGCUGCUCACUGUCUUCUGAUUUUGCAGUUUACAAUUCUUUUGACAUUUAGGAAAAACAGUCCUUGCUUUAGAUGGCCAUUUUGUUUUCUUGGGAAUGGAAAAAGGAAAACCUACUUACUUCUAGGACAUUAAAUACAUGCACAUAUGAUUACAUAGAAAUGCUGAAGAAACCUGUUCCUGGAUCCUAUUUCACAAGUUUUUGUUAUGCUACAUUUUGCUAAGUGCAUAGCUUUUUGGGGUGGAUCAUACACAGGUGAAAAAAGAUUAUUGCAAUGGUAUUCACAAUUGUAUUUUUAAAAUAUAACACAUUUUGCUUUUCUUGUGUUUUUUCCUGCUUUCCUUAACCUGUCAGCAAGUAGUGUAAGCUCUAUUUGCAUAUUUCUGAGAAAAAACAGUAUUAAAGAUUUAGGUGUAGGAGAGAGUCUACAGACAUGACCUCCCUCUAAUGGCUCCCACAAAGAACAGAUGGCAGAAAACUGGAAUCUCAUUGGACUCAGGUUUUAUUUUUCAUUCGAAAGGAAAUAAUUUAUUGUUCAGUCCAAGAAUGUGGACACAGUCCAUGUAAGGUUGUGUUUAAUAAUGUCAGAAAGCUGUUCAGUGUAGUAGAAUCAUAAUGGGGUUGGUCAACCACAGUUAUGUAAAAUAGUUACUACAGUAAUUUCCUUGAUUCAUUGCAGACUUUGUGUAUUCUUGUGAUAAAUGAAUAUGAUUUGUGCUAAAAAU